GGUUCUGGUUGGUACUCGCACCGCAGUCGUAGUAGUGGCAGGCAGGCGCAUCCGGCAUCCCCCUCCCCCUCGCAUCGCAUCCCUCGGCUCGGAUCGCCGCCGCCGCCGCCGAACGAAGUAGCAAUCCAUCCUAACCCCCACCCAAACCCUAGCCAGUCAGCUAUGGAGCCGCCCGCCGCCGCCGACUCCUCCUCGCCCGAUCCGACGCCGCAGGACCAAGCCCCGUCCCCGUCCCCUUCUCCAUCCGCCUCCCCGGCCAAGCGCUCCGCCUGGAAGCACCCCUCCCCCAACGGCCCCGCCGUCAUGGACGCCAACCACUGGCCCGCGCUCUCCGACGCCGCCAAGGGUAUCAAGCUCCCCGACUCCUCGGCUCCAUCGCCUGCGCCCGUCGCCGCCCCGUCGGCCGUCGCCAACUCCUCCAGUUCGCAGAAGCACAGCGCCCAUCACGGCCGCCACAAGUCCGCCAGGCGCGGUGGCGGUGGUGGCGAGCACUCUCCACGAGACCAUCACGACCGGAGCGCUGCCUCUGGCUGGGACCAUGCCGGUGCCGCCGGCGGGGGGAGGGGUGCCCAGAGGAACCAUAAUAACGGAGGUGGCAGGAGGGGCAAUGGCGCAGCUGCCUCUGCCACUGGGCCUUCUCAUCAUGGCUCUGGUGCCAGCGGCGGAGGUGGAGGCUUUGGUGCCAGACGAAGAGGGGCAUACGAGCCGCCCUUCUAUCGUGGCCCUCCACCACCAAUGGGCAUGGGCCACUACAUGCGAGGUGCGCCGCCACCUCCGCCACCGCCGCCCAUGACUGUCGCUCCACCAUUCAUGGGCCCUCCACCGCCACCAGUCUCACCCAUGCGUCCGUUUGCUGGACCAAUGGUGUUCCAUGACAUGCCAUCUCCUGUGUCUCCUGUAUCCCCCAUAUACUUUUAUGGGCCACCACCACCAGAGGCUCUUAGGGGACUGGCUCUUGCGCCUCCUAUGGUUGGUCCACCUGCUUAUCCUUACUUUCAAGCCCAGCCUGAGCCACAGCCUGAGCCUGAACCUCAGCACAAUCCUGAGCCUGAUGCGGAAGAGGAACGUGUCAAGCUACUCAAGCAGAUAGAGUUCUACUUCAGCAAGGAGAACCUAUGCUCAGAUGUGUACUUGAGGCAGCAGAUGGAUGGUCAGGGCUGGGUUGAUAUAUCUCUUAUAGCUGGCUUCAAAAAGGUCCAAGGGCUGAAGAAGGACCUACAAUAUAUAAAAGAGACGGUGCAGUCCUCAUCUAUACUGGAAAUGAAGGAUGACAAAAUCAGGAAGCACAACGACUGGGAGAAAUGGGUGAUCCCUCGUGAGAGCAAUCCUGAUGCCCCAUCAAGCUCAGCGUCUGUACCAAGACCUAAUGUCAAUAAUCUGACAGCACAUCUUGGAGGCAUGCGUCUGCAUGGAUCCGCUAGCUCUACUGGCACAGUGGAGCUGAACCAUCACGAUGUCAUCCAGAACGGAUCACCUUCUCCAGUAGCUGAAGAAAGUUCUGGUCAGCAGUAGUUACAAUAAGAUAGUGGCUCGGAUUCACACCAUGACUGCAGGGGUUUUGUCCGUGCGCGAGUGACAGAGCACAAGUGAUUUUUUUUUUGGCAAUUUUUGGAUGGGAGGCAUGAUUGCAAGGGGCGUAUUAGAUUGACAAGCAAAUGUGUUUACUGGCGGUCAGGUAAGAUUUUGCUUUACCUUGUUAUAUUCAGACGUAGUGUUGAAGAUUUGGGGCAGUUGGUGAAAAGGAUGAAGCAGAUAGUUGAAUACGAAGGUGGUGGUAUCUGGAGGCGCCUAGGAUGAGGAGGAAACCAUGGAAGACUGAAACAAAAUUACGAAAGACGAGUGUGAUAAGUUAGUAGCCCUGGGCGGGCUGAUGGCUUGGUAAGCGAGCUCAAUAUCCAUGUUUACUGGGGUGGGUUUGCACAGGGGGCUUGGAUGCUAUUCUGGUGUUACGAUGAACUGGAUGGUUUUGCUCGGCGAUAGGAUGGAUGUUGUAGGACCUCCGAUUUUUGAUGGAGGAGCUGAACUUUCUCACUUGGAGAGUCAGGGAGUUUGACUUGUUUUGUUUUUGUGGUGGUUAAAGUAAGAGAUGCUGUUAGCUAGUCUUGCUCCCUGUUCAUUCUGCUGUGCUGGCCUUGUAUGAUAAUUAUGGUGUUGUGUUGAAGGUGGCGGCUUUGAAUGGAGAUUGAUGGCUGUCCUUGGUCUGCUAUGCCCAAUGCUAUGCUGGCCUGACUGGCUAGCAUACGAGGAGAGGAGCGACCGGACUGAGCCAGUAUUCUCUUGGGAUAUUCGCUGGUCCUUCCUGGUCCAUCCAUUUGCAGAAUUGCAGUCUGGAUAUGUGUGGAUCCGCAGCAGCAUGCCUCCUUGUUUGUCAGGCCUGGGACUUGGACUGGGACAGGCAAUUACUCUGGCUACUGGAGAAGGUUCAGACAAUAGUGCUCUGGACGGCAAAGGGAAGAAGGCACGGUCUGCAGUACCUGUGCACCAACAGCAUUGUAGUUGGUACGUAAAACCUCGUAGCAGUAAGCACUGGAGCUGUACCAUUUUCAUCCCUGGGUACCAGGCAGUAGGUGCUGCCAUCAUGGACGUAUCCCUCUGUUUGGCAAAGCAUAGCAUUCAUGUGU